AUGUCUUCCAUUCACUCCACGGCUAUCCAAGAGCAUAAUAAGCAUAUUAUGCAACCGCCGCUGUUUACUUCGAGGUCGGUAAUCAAAUAUGUGAAAACAAGGUUUACGACUCUCGUUCCUACUAAGGAAGAGCGGAGCCAAUACUCAUGGAAUGAGAUUUUCAAUCCUUUUGCUUCGAUUGGCGAAUUGUCGCCUCGUCAAUGGAACUUCUUUUUGGUGGGCUUGGCUGGCUGGACAUGGGAUGCGUUCGAUUUUUUUGCAGUGUCUUUGAAUGUUAGCAACAUAGCAAAGGAUUUGGAUAGGUCAGUGAAAGAUAUCACAUGGGGAAUCACUUUAGUUCUCAUGUUGCGUUCAAUUGGUGCUGUCAUUUUUGGCUUGUGGGGUGACAGAUAUGGUCGUAAAUGGCCAUAUGUUGUUAACUUGAUACUUUUGAUCGUCUUACAGAUCGGAACAGGCUUCGUUAAGACCUACCAGCAAUUCUUGGGAGUGAGAGCUAUAUUUGGUAUUGCUAUGGGAGGAAUGUUUGGAAACUGUGCCGCUUGUGCUCUUGAUGAUUGUCCUGUGAAGGCCAGAGGUAUUGUUAGUGGAAUGUUUCAAGAAGGGUACGCUUUGGGAUACCUCUUAGUCGUUGUAUUUCAGAGAGCAAUAACGGAUACGACAGCCAAGGGUUGGCGUUCUUUAUUCUGGUUCUCGGCUGGCCCUGCUCUCAUUUUCGUAAUUUGGAGAUUGACAAUGCCUGAAACAGAUACUUUUCUCCGUCAGCUUGAUAGAAGAAGGGCUGCAAAGGAGAAGGAGCCAUCAAAAUUACUUCAAUUCAACUCUCAGGCUAAGCAAGCAAUGAAGAAGUAUUGGCUUGUCAUGAUAUACUCCGUUUUGUUAAUGUCGGGAUUCAAUUUCAUGUCCCAUGGUUCUCAAGAUCUAUAUCCUACGUUAUUGACCGUACAGUACGGCUACGGCUCAGACAGAUCAACGGUAACGAACUCAGUUGCUAACUUGGGUGCAAUCUUUGGUGGAAUAGUGUUCGGGCAUAUGUCCACAUUUAUUGGACGUCGUUUUGCAAUCAUAAUUGCUUGCAUAAUUGGUGGUGCUAUGAUCUACCCUUGGGCAUUUAUAAAAGGCUCAGGUAUCAACGCAGGCGCAUUUUUUCUCCAAACUGGCGUCCAAGGCGCGUGGGGAGUGAUUCCUAUUCACCUUUCUGAGUUGGCCCCACCUCAGUAUCGUGCAUUCGUGACUGGUAUAUCUUAUCAGUUGGGUAAUUUGUGCUCAAGCGCUAGCUCAACUAUUGAGACAACUAUAGGUGAGAGAUUUCCACUUCAUGUCGAAGGAAAGGAUGGCGUGUUCGAUUAUGCAAAGGUUAUGGCCAUUUUUAUGGGAGCGGUCUUCGCGUACGUUAUACUCAUCACUUUAAUUGGUCCAGAGAACCGUGGUGCAGAUAUGGGAAUGGAGAGAGAUGACUUGAUUACGGAUGAAUUCGAUGAUGGUAAAUCAGACAUGGGAAGUGUUGAAGAACUUGAAGAAACUCUGUCGAGCAGACAUGUUUAG